AUGUCGCUUUGCCAAGUCUGCUCAAAGCUCCACAUCGAGCAACUAGACGGGACAGACGUUCGCUUUCACUCCAAUCUAAAGGCUCUUCAGCAGAGCGCUCUAGCAAGAUGCCCCUUCUGCAGCCUUUGCUAUACCCGCGUCAUGGAAGAUACCAGCCGCAGCAUCACCGGCGCUCUUCUCAAUGAUGAGGUACCUGAGGGCUACGAAAAGGAAACCUUCUUCCCGAGCGUCUGGCUUCACGGCGAAGUGAGGCAGGCCAACCGCGGUGUCGGCAAACAACUCCCAGGAUGUGCCAUAUGGAUCUCAUCCGGAAGGCUGCAUCCGGACGGUGGCCAAGGAGAAACAAACCACCCUGGCAUGCCGUUUGCCUCGCGUCUGUCUGUUUUCGCAAGCACCUCAACGCCGGCAGCGUCAAAGUAUAUCGAACGGUUCUCGACUGCAGACCACGAUCCUGAUCUCCACAUACACUUGGCAGGUUGGCGCAUGAGAAGAUGCAAGGCUUCUCACAAGCUCUGCAAGCCGAGGUCGUCCGAGAUGCCAACUCGCGUCAUUGCGGUAGGUCAAGCUAGCCAAAAGCCACGACUCAUAGUUACGAAUGGCCUCCAAGAGCCUUACCUGGCCCUGUCCUACUGCUGGGGCCCCGGGAGAGAUACCUUCAACUUGACCCAUAAGACUAAAGAUGAGCUCUUCGGCGGCGUCGCGGAAGGAAAGCUAACAAAAACUCACCAAGAGUCCAUCCACUUUGCGCGCUCUUUGGGCAUCGAGUACGUCUGGAUCGACGCACUCUGCAUCAUACAAGGCGAUGCCGAUGACUGGACUUUCGAAUCGCAACGCAUGGCCCAAGUUUACGGCAACGCAGUUUUGACCAUAAUCGCCGGCCGUUCGAACGAUGCCCGCGACGGCUUCCUUACCAACAGACUUGAUCAAAAGGUCCCACCGUGUGCCCUGCCACUCGCUCCAAACACAAAGGACACAGUCAAUGUCUGCCUUCCAAGGUCUCACGCUUAUGGUCCGGUGUCUACGCGGGGAUGGUGUUUCCAGGAAGAAAAGCUCUCGACGCGGGCCGUCAUAUUAGGAAAGGAGCAAAUCAUCUACCAAUGCCGCAGCGAAACGAGCUGGGAGGACGGCCAAGUCAAUUUCGCAGAUCUCAAACCCACUUUUCUCAUCCCCGGCUUCUCUACCGACGCGGCACGUUCGGCGGCCGAUAAAGAGACCACCCUCGAUAUGUGGUACGAGUUCGUCGACACGUACAUGAUGCGUGAUCUAUCGAACCCCCACGACAUCUUCGCGGCCAUCGCCUCCAUCGCGGGGCUUGCCCAAGACGUGCUGGGGUCCCGCUACCUCGCCGGGUUAUGGGAGGAUGACUUGGUCCAAGGCCUCUCGUGGAAACCACGUCACCAAGUGAACGGGUUCUUUAAAGGGCCGUUGACACGCCCGAAGCCGACCCCCUUCGCGCCGGCGCCAGUGGUCCGCGCGCCGUCGUGGUCUUGGGCAUCCGUCCAAGGGCCCGUCCGCCGCUUCUACAAAUUGAAGGAAUCAAAGAUGUUCCAUGAUAGCGACUACGUCAAGAUCAGGCCCAGGCUGGGAGAAAAAAGGUGGGCGGCGACGAACGACUGUGGCGUCGCGGCGCUCCAUAUGCCACAUUGCGAGCUCCAGAUCCUGGCACGCACGGCAAAGGCUGUCCUGGUCAAGACGGGCGUUGCGGAGUGGUUCGCAGCCGACAGGUCGAGGAAGCGAUGGCUCCCUUACAGCAAGAUGCGGAGCUACGCUGUCUUGCUCACCUCCACCGAAAGGAAUCCGGAUGCGGCCAGCUCGGAUGACGGUGUAGUUGCGGUUGGGGCAUUUGAUGUGGCCGAGGAAGCAGAGCAGUUCGAAGAAGUCUGGUGCCUUCCCCUGAUUGAGAAAGAGGGGUUAAUGGUUGUUCAGAGUGAGACGAAAUGGAAGCGUGUCGGGUGGUUCGUUCUGAGAGAUGAGUCCUGGUUCGAGGGCAGGCCGGAGGUUGAAGUGGAUCUCAUCUGA